CUCCCACUAUUGUUUGGUCUGCUGACUAUCGCUUGCCCUGUCAAUUACCUGUCGCUUGCCUCAACUCUCAAGACACCCUCAAUCCUUGAACGCACGCCCAGUCACAGACAAGGGCUCAUUGCCUUGACACUCUCAGUUGUAGGCUUAAUUUGAUUAUAAACUGGCUGCUGUGACGGUCAUGGGCCCAGGGAGCUUGGAAUCCUCUGCCCCCACGCUCAUACCGAGGUUAACAGCGAGCAGUGUUGCGCUGAAGGAAGGCGAACGAGUAUGGGAAAUUUGCCCAACGCAGCCGAAUUGGCCAGGCGCCAGUCAGCUCUAUCUUGACAGCACCAAUAUCGUAAACAGCAUCAAGUCAUGGGCAGAGGUCCGCUGUCGAUAUGUAGGUCACCCCAGGCGAAGCCACGCGCUUCCGACUCUCUUCGUGUCUGGUCUCAUGAAGACCGGGAAGUCAUACACGUUGGAGAAUCUGGUCCCGGCGGUGCUGGCUCAGGAGCUGAGCCAGCAGGGGCCUGAUCACCCGCUGAAGGGCAUGACUGUGCUGAGGCUCAACUGCCUGCGGCUGGACCGCCAGGGGGCCACCGCGCUGCUGUACAGCCUCUUGGAAACGAUGGUGGGCUGGGUGGAAGGCGCCGGGGUGAAGGUCAAGGCCGACGCAUGGCAGGUAGCGACGCGGGUACGUGGCGAUGCAGCCAGCAGCCGCACGCGCACACGCGCGGGGACGGCCAUUCUGGAGCUGCUCCAGGGUCUCGAGACGCCGGUGCUGGUGCUGAUGGACGAGCUGCAGGCCCUGCUACAGCCCCUCAACGAACGCGGCGAGCCCGACCUGGACGGCGUCAGCUACAUCCGCGACGUCGUGCUACGCCAUAUCCUGGUGGCCAGCCCCGAUCACGUGCUGUGGGCCGUCACCGGGAGCAGCAUGGCGUCCGUGUGGACGGCGCUGGCGGCCAUGCCCGUGAAUGGCGUGGCGCCCAUCCUCCAGCUCAGGCAGGUGGACACGCCGUCCGUGUGGCCGCCCGGCCUGAUGGCGGCGCUGCUGGACGACCUGGAGGUUGUGUGGGGCGUGCGGCCGGAGGACGUGGGGCCGCUGCUGGAGCGGGCUGGCAGCUCGCCUGCACUGUUCAUGACGAUGCUGGAGUUCUGGGUGAUGGAGGGGAAACCCGCAGACGUGGCCGCCUUCGCCGACACCUUCACAUACCACAAGUUGUACAAGGAGGCGUUCAGGGAGUGGCAGCUGGGCCCCGCGCACUGGACGGACGAAGAGCGCGGGAUGCUGCUGGAUCUCACGGAUCCGGUCACCGGGGCGGCGGCAUGGGAGCUGCACAUUUUGUAUCCAGGCCUCCAGAGGUUCCUAAAACCGCACCUGAAGCAGACCGGCGAAGAGAGGUCCUAUCUGGCGGAUCCCACUCAGCGGCAACUCCUGCGGGCGGUCCUGGUGGACAAUAAUGGCAAGGGCGGCGCCAGGCGGCGCCAGCACUGCUGGGCGGGCCUGCCGGUGCCGGGUCUGACACUGGCGAAGCGCGACUGGGGCUGGCUGUUGCUGCACCUGGGCCAGGUGGCGGACUACCACCUGCUGCUGCUGGGGGUGGGUGUGCGGCCGCCCGCCGAGGACGUCAUCCCCAAGGACGCCAAGGGCGUCGAGGAGCUCAAGGCCAUGCUGCGGGACUUGGCGGACAAGGUUGAGCCGAAGCUGCCUGAGGGCAGUAGCGUGGCCAGCCGCUGGGAGGCGCUGGGCAUAUUCACCAUGGUGCUGGGGUCGCCCCACAACAAGGGCCGCCGCAGCUGGUACCAACGCGAGGGAAGGGACGGGAAGCUGUGGAGCCACCUGGACUACCUGGUCUUCUUCCUGCGGCUGAGCCGUAACGUGGUGGCGCGCUGGGAGCCGCGCGAAGGCAAGGAGAUGCUGAGCUCGGCGCUGCUGGCGCUGCCCACCUUGGUGGACAUGCGGGUGCCGGACCUGUCCGAGGUGGUGCUGGCCGGCAUGAGCCAACUGGCGGCGGCCACCGUCGCCGCGGCGGCCGCUGCCGCGGAGCGCGAGGACCAGAUGGACGAGGCGGUGGAGGCGGGUGGAGGCGGGGGCGGCGGCUGCGGGAGCGGUUAUGACGCCAACCGCCGUGGCGGCGGCACCGUCGCCGCGCCUGCCGUUUACGGCGGCGGCCGCUCCAGCACGGGCGCCGGCCUCGUGAACUGGCGCACCAGCAGCAGCAGCGGCGCCAGCAGCAGCUGGCCUCGCACAACCCUGGGCAGGAGCGGUGCGCCGUCCGCUCGGCACACGUCGCGGUUGGCUCUGCCGCCGCCGGCACCCCUCCACUACCGGGUCACACGCCUCGCCGUGGCGGCAAGGGCGCUUUUCCGGUUUGCGAUGUAGUGGACGCGUGGCAUAGACUGAUACUUGGUAAAGCCUCCAGUCCAGCCUAGGCGGCGGUGAGAAGGAGCCGGUACCAACCAACCCCGGCUGUGUCCGGGCGAUAAUGUGAGGUUGCGAGGGGAGAAAACUGUUCUUGUCGGCUUGCUUUGUCGGCCCGCGUCUCAGCUAACACACGCGCACAUGCAGUUGUUUAGUCUUUGCGUGUUUCCUCCAAAAGGGGACACCAGUGAUAAUAGCCCGCCACUGCCCCGGCGCCAGCUGCGCGGUGGACGGGGCUCCAGAUUGUGCGCACGAGAUGGUCACGGCGCAGGGCAAAAUGCUCCCACCGAGGAUUGAACUCGGGACCUUUCCCUGGUACGGGUAUUAUGAGUACGAAGGGAACGCUCUACCACUAAGCUAUAGAAGCCCUUGAUUGGGAGAUGACCGGAGGGGCAAUCAGCGGCUACACAAUCCUAGCUAUAAGCAGGGACGCAAGCCUGAGGUCCUGGGCGCGCGUUUCCGGAGGGAGGUGCGGUUCAGGGGCGCCAUCCGUGGCCCGUGGGCCCGGCAACCUAUCUGCUUUGAUGUAUAUGUCCUGGGCCCAUCUAGUGUGCUUGGCUACGCGGUAAUCGUCCAGCUAAAUUGUACCAGCGGGGGGUGCGCGUGUGGGAGGGACCGAUCGCACAAGCUCGAACAUGACAUUGCAAUGUAUUAAGCACGCAGCAGGGGCUGCAGACCAGCAGGGGCUGCAGACCAGCAUGGCUGGCUCAAUAGUGGAAGGGCGAAAGCGACAGGGCGCCGUAGUAGGAGACCUGUGACCAGACAGGGCUGGGAGCAAGCCUACUAGAGCUAGAGUAGGCCGACGGCGCUGCAGGCGGCACGCCCCUGGGGUCCAGAGCAGGGUGUUCGUUCUCCACGUCACUGGCUCGUGAACUGCGUCAGCAGGUCCCUCUUGUAACCAAUGCAAUCU